AUUUUGACGUGUGACAUUGACAUUUUCAAAACAAUUCUUAACUAAAUCAACAAAUAAUAUUAAAUUAUUUUGGAAUUAUUGUUAUUGUAACUAUGGAUUCAACUAUUAUUUGUCGGGCAUGUCUUAAUGAAAUUGCUCGUCAGUACAUCUCCCUAGAUACUCCUCUCAACGAUACCACAGUUCUAGAUGUUUUCAAUUACUGUACUAAUCUCAAAGCGAACUUAAACGAUGAUUUCCCAACGAGCAUAUGCAUUCCCUGUGGCAGAGCUUUGCAAGCAGCAUACGAUUUUAUUAAAACGGCCUUCGAAACAGACCAAAUACUUCGCAAUAGCAUUGGAACUGGAGAACAACAGUCAGUGAAAGAGAGCGCUUCACAAGAAGAAAAUAUAAUUCAAGAACUUAAGGAGAUUGAAUAUGAUAUUGAUAAAGAAUAUGCUGAAGAAUAUAUCGAAAACAUAGAUGAUACUGAUAUCAAGGAAGAAAAUGAGCAUUACCAAUUCCUUACUCUAUCACCUAAAGAAGAAAUUGAUGUUGAACUAAUCGACGAAGGUGAACAUUGCUAUGUGGAAUCAAUAAACGAAGCAGAAGUUCCUGAAGAAAGUAUCGAAUCUCAAAAAUAUGAACUCACAGACGAGGCUGAUAAUUGUUGCAGUAGAAGCGAAAACUCUUACGCCCAUGAAGGAUUUUUAGAAGAUGCUGAAGAUAUCCAAUAUCAGAGUGACAAUAAGGAAGGGACUAUUGAAGGAAAAAAACAAUCUAAAGCUAAUCGCCUUUAUAAGUGUGAUUCAUGUGAAAAACAAUUCAAAAACAUGUUGAGCCGAAAUAAACAUGAAUUCUUCGAGCACAGAGAAGACGAUGAUUCCCAACACCGAAAGUGCAAACUUUGUGACUUCAAAACAUCAAGCUUAAGUUCCUGGCAGACGCAUAGAUAUCGUCAUGAAAAUCCCACUCAAAAGAAAUACCUUUGUUCAUUUUGUCCAAAAAAGUUCGCCAAUCCGAAGUCAUUACUAAUGCACGAAGAUUAUCGACAUGGCAACAAAGAACGUGCGGCAAAAUGCGAGAAAUGCGGAAAAAAAUUCAUGAAUAAACAAAAGCUCGAUUAUCACAUAUUGAGUGCACAUUCAAAUGGUCGCAACUAUCAGUGUCCUGAGUGUCCGAAAACAUUUAAAAAUAGCUUCCAACUCCGAGCACAUAAGAAACUCCACACUGAACGAACCAUUGAGUGUCCCGAGUGUGAAAAGAAAUUUCUUCGAAAUGUUGACUUGAAAGUUCAUAUGAGAAUACAUACUGGUGAACUGCCGUAUCAAUGUCAUCUCUGUGACAAACGUUAUAGAAUAAAGGUAAGACUAACCUAUCAUAUGCAAAAACAUCUAGGAACCAAGCACGUGUGUGAGAUAUGUUCGUGUGAAUUUAAUAGUAAACCUAGAUUACGGCUGCAUAUGUUUGAGCACAUUGGAAUGCCGUUUGUAUGUGACCAUUGUGAGAUGGGAUUUAAAACGAGAUUAGGGUUAAGUCGUCACACGAAAGCUGUUCACAAUAUCAUAAUGACCGAUGAUGAAUUACUACAGAAUAGGCUUAAAAACGAAAGAAAUAUUAAAAGAGGGAUUGUCAGCGAUUUGGCUUUACUUGAUCAUUCCAAUGCUGAGUUAGAGGUUUAAUACUAAGAAAUGAUUUUAUUACUCUAGUUACCUUAUUGUAUAUAAAGAAAAGUAAAUAUAAAAGUUUAAAAGAAAUAUUAACAAAAUAAAACUUUUGUCGCUCCCUCCUUACAUAAAUAAAGAGUUCUUGACAACUGGU